AUGGUCCUUCAAAUACGCUUAAUGCACUGGGGUGGUGGAGGACUUUUUGGCGUCCGCGAUUUUGGGGGCGAAGGGGGUGGGGGUGGAUGUGAUGAUGGCAGUAGUGGGCGUGGUGGGGGAGGUCUCCUAGGUGGUGGAGGUCCUUUAAACCUCGGUGAUGGUGGCGGCGGCGGUCUCCCCUUAGGCGGCGGUGGUGAUGGUGGUGGUGGCGGCGAUGGUGGUGGUGGGGAUGGUGGUGGUGGUGGUGGCGGCGGCGAUGAUGGUCGCGGUGUUUUGGGAGGUGGCGAUGCUUGGCGCCGUUGUCGUUGUGGGGGAUUGUUUGCCUCGGUUUGUAAUGGAGAAGUUGCUUGUGCAAGGAUUGAUUGUUUAGUCAUCAUAGAUGAUGAUACAGAAUGUGGAUUGAGUUUGUUUUGA